AUGGGAAUAAUUGACAGGCCUCUCGCUCUUGUUCUAUUCCUUGUUCUUUUCAUUUUUCCACUAAAUAUAACAUCAUCCGCAAAAACUGAAGCACAAGCCCUUGUCAGAUGGAAGAACACUUUAUUAUCAUCUUCUUCACUCCAUUCUUGGCACCUAAACAAUCUCCAAAACCUUUGUAACUGGACUGGCGUUACCUGCAAUACUGCAGGGACUGUUUCUAAGCUCAUUAUUACGGGGAAAGGAAUCAAUGGAACACUGGCGCACUUCAAUUUCUCUUCAUUUCCAGACCUCACCUAUUUGGACUUGAGCAGCAACGAUUUUUCAGAGAGUAUACCAGUCGAGAUUGGAAAUCUAAAACAGCUUCAGUUCCUAAGCUUGGAUUCCAACUAUCUUAGUGGAAGUAUUCCAUCUUCUGUAGGUCAACUCACUGAGCUUCAAGAACUAUAUCUGGGGAAAAAUUAUUUGAAUUCUAGUAUUCCUACAGAGCUUGGAUUUUGUACCAAGCUCCAUGUCUUGGUUCUAGCUGUGAAUUCUCUUACCGGGCCUCUGCCUGCGUCCUUUGAAAACCUGACACGGAUAUCUGAAUUAUCUCUAUCAGAUAAUUAUCUUACCGGUGAGCUCUCACCUCAUUUCUUCAGAAACAUGAGGCAGUUGGAGAUUCUAGACCUGUCAAAUAACACUUUAGCAGGUUCAAUUCCAAAAACAAUCGGGAACCUCACCAAAUUGACAUCCUUAUCUUUCAACUCCAACAAUCUUAGUGGAAUUAUUCCGCCUGAGAUCGGGAACUUAGCACUGCUGGAAGUUCUUGAACUCCAGAAUAACCAUUUAAAUGGAGAAGUGCCUGAUUCCAUUUCAGAAUUAAGUAACUUGGCGAUACUUUUCCUUUAUUCCAAUAAGUUUUCUGGCAGCAUUCCCAAGGAUUUGGGGGGAAAUAGUACAAAGUUGUAUUAUGUUAAUUUGUCGAAGAACAAUUUUUCUGGAGAAAUUCCUAGCACACUUUGCAAAGCAACAUUCCUUCAGCUCCUUGAUUUUUCAUUUAACAGCUUAAGCGGAGAACUUCCACGCUGUUUGGGAGAUUCCAACAUUAAUCUCUCUAUAUUGGAUGUUCACAAAAAUCAACUACAAGGGACAAUACCAGAUACCUUCACAAAGAGUUGCCAACUGACAACUUUUGACAUAUGCAGUAACAAGUUUGAAGGAUCCAUACCCCUAGCAUUGGCCAACUGUAAGCACUUACAGAUUCUUGAUUUUGGAGACAAUGAUUUAAGCGACACAUUUCCAUCAUGGUUAUUUACUCUUUCAGAGCUACAAAUCAUUAUCUUACGAUCAAAUAGGCUUCAUGGUAAGUUAAGUGUUAGCAAGAUGGACCAUCCAUUCCCCAAUGUGCGAAUCAUGGAUAUGUCUCACAAUCAAUUCAGUGGCAACCUGCCAAUUAAUUUUCUUGACAAUUUUAAAGUUGUGAUGGAUUUAAGUGAAAAGUUUUUUGGGCAUGUGAGAAUCAGGGACUCAUACUAUGAAGCUUCUGUUUCCUUAACAAUUAAAGGACGUGAUUAUGAAGUGAAAAGAAUACUCAAUUUAACCACAAGUAUAGAUUUAUCAAGCAACAAGUUUGAUGGAGAAGUUCCACAUGGAGAACUUAAAUUACUCCGGCUGCUCAACCUUUCUCAUAACAGCUUUACAGGCCGUAUACCAUCCUCGUUGGGAAACAUGAGGUCCCUUGAAUCUUUAGAUUUCUCUUCAAACCAAUUAACAGGUAUAAUACCUCGGCAGUUGACUAGUCUGACAUUUCUUUCAACCUUGAACCUUUCAGAAAACCUUCUUACUGGAGCUAUUCCACAUGGAAGCCAAUUUGACACCUUCAAUAAUGAUUCAUUUAUGGGUAACUUGGACUUGUGUGGAGUCCCUUUGACAAAGAUAUGCAAAGAUGAUGAGUUGCCAACACAAGAAGUUGAUGAUGUUGGUGUUGAUUGGUUUGAUUGGCAAAUGAUUCUAAUAGGGUAUAAGUAGAUUGGAAGUGGAUUGGUAUGCGGAUUGUCCAUGGGAUAUCUUGUUUUCUCAACUUUUAAGCCUCAACGCUAUCAGUUGUUUAAGAUGAGAGGGAUCAUCAAUAAAUUUGCUAACACGCUCAUAUCUGUUACUCCACAAUAUACAGGAACGGAGUAUACAAUCAUGGGAACAUUUAACAAGCCUCUUCUUCUUGUACUUUUCCUUGUUGUUUUCAUUUCUAUACUUCCACUAAAUAUAGUAUCAUCACCAACCACCCAAGGAGAAGCCCUUGUCAAAUGGAAGGACACUUUAUUUGACUCUUCUCCACUCAAUUCUUGGUCUUUAAACAAUCUCAGUAACCUUUGUAAUUGGACUGGCAUUACCUGCAAUACCGAAGGAACAGUUUCCAAGCUCCAAAUUUACGAUCAGGGAAUCUCUGGAACACUUGCUCACUUCAACUUCUCCUCAUUUCCAAGCCUCACUUCUUUGGCCAUGAGCUACAACAACUUAUCAGGUAGUAUACCGGUAGAUAUUGGAAAUGCAACACAACUUCAGCGCUUGGAUCUCAGCUUCAACAAUCUUGAUGGGAAUAUUCCUUCCUUCAUAGAUCAACUUACAGAGCUUCAACAACUUGAUCUCAGUUUUAACAAUUUGAACUCUAGUAUUCCUCCUGAGCUUGGGUUGUGUACCAAGCUCAAUGCCUUGAAUCUAUCUGGUAAUUCUCUUACUGGGCCUCUGCCUUACUCCUUUUCGAAUCUAACCCGGAUUUCUGAACUAUCCCUAUAUGAGAAUCAUCUUUCUGGUGAGCUCUCCCCUCAACUCUUCACCAAAUGGACUGAGUUAACUUCACUGGAUAUGAGGUACAGUGGCUUCAGUGGUAAUAUUCCUUCUGAAAUUGGUAUGUUGAGAAAUCUUACAUCCCUCGAUCUAACUGGAAAUGAUCUUGAAGGAACAAUUCCCAAAGAGAUAGGUAACUUGAAUCAGCUCCAGAUAUUAUACUUGUCAGAAAACCAUCUAGAAGGUUCAAUUCCUGCAACAAUCGGGAACCUGGCCAAAUUGGAAUCCUUAUUUCUGUACAAUAAUAAUCUAAGUGGAACUAUUCCACCCGAGGUUUCGAACUUAACACUGCUUGAAUAUCUUGAUCUCGGCAACAACCAAUUGACAGGAACUAUUCCACAUGAUAUUGGACGCUUGAUAAAUCUGACGUAUCUUGAUCUCAGCAACAACCAAUUGAAUGGAAUUAUACCACUGGAGAUUGGGAACUUCACAUUGCUCCAAUAUCUUCAACUCGAAAAUAAUCAAUUGGUCGGAGAGCUGCAUGAUUCAAUUUCUCAUUUAACUAUGUUGAGAAAACUUGGCCUUUCUUUCAAUAGGUUUUCUGGCAGCAUUCCUACCGACUUUGGGAAAUAUACCCCCAACUUGUCUCACAUGAAUUUAUCUGGGAAUAACUUUUCUGGAGAAUUUCCCCAAACACUUUGCAAAGCGACAUCUCUUCAGGUUCUCGAUCUGUCAAGUAAUGAAUUAAAUGGUUCACUUCCCGGCUGUCUAGGAAAUCUUAACAAGACUAUAGUAGUCAAUCUCAGUAAGAAUAAAUUUAAAGGGACAAUGCCAAUGUUUUGUACGACAAACAUUGCGAUUCUUGAUUUGUCAAGUAACAUGUUAAGCGGUGCACUUCCACGUUGUUUGUUCACAUAUACAAACAUUAAGCUUAUCAUACUUGAUCUUCAUGAUAAUCAAUUUCAAGGGACAAUACCCCAAAUCAUCGGAAACUCAUGUGAAUUGACUACUUUCAACAUCAACAACAAUCACAUUGAAGGAUCAAUACCCUUGGGCUUGGCCAAUUGUAAGCUGUUACAAAUUCUAGAUCUUGGAAACAACAAAAUAAAGGAUUCUUUUCCAUCAUGGCUGCCGACUCUUCCACAGCUACAAAUUCUAGUCUUGCGGUCAAACAGAUUUCAUGGUAACUUGAGUGUUAAAAUGACAGAGCGACCAUUCUCCAAACUGCGCAUCAUGGAUCUCUCUCACAAUCAAUUUAGUGGGAAUCUACCAAUCAACUUUUUUGAUAAUUUCAAACUCAUGGCUAACUCUGAUCGAAGAGUUGGUAUAAAUACCAGUUUCACAAUCGGUUUGUAUUACGAAGCUUCUACUUCGCUAGUUGUCAAAGGAAUGGAGCUUGAAGUGAAAAAAAUUCUCUAUAUAUACACAAGUAUAGAUUUAUCAAGCAACGAGUUUACCGGAGAAGUUUCAGAGGUCAUUGGCGAAUUUAAAUCACUUCGGCUGCUCAACCUCUCUCAUAACAGUCUUACGGGCCAUAUCCCAUCCUCAUUGGGAAACAUGAGUCUCCUUGAAUCUUUAGAUUUCUCUUCAAAUCGAAUGACAGGUAUGAUUCCUCGGCAAUUGAGUACUUUGGAAUUUCUUUCAACCUUGAACCUUUCAACCAACAAUCUUUCUGGAGAAAUUCCACAAGGCAGGCAUUUCGAUACUUUUACUAAAGAUUCAUUCCUAGGCAACUUGGCGUUGUGUGGAGCUCCUGUGACAAAGAAAUGCAAAGAUGAUGAGUUUCCACCACGAGAAGCUGAUGACGAUGUUGACUAUAUUUGGUUUGAUUGGAAAAUGAUACUGAUCGGGUAUGGAAUAGGAUUGGUAUGCGGAUUGUCCACAGGAUACAUUGUUUUUACAACAUUAAAGCCUUGGUGGUUUGUGAGUAUCAUUGAAAGAGCUCAGCAUAAACUGAUCAGGAGAUUGAUGAUGAACACUUAAACCACAUUUUCCACACUGUACUGAAUUAAUUGUCGCCACUCCAAAUAAAUUUGUUCUGUUUCAGUAUGUUCGCUUUCAUUAUAAAAAGAUAAACAUGCAAGUUUA